AUGGCGCCACCGAAACAACCCGCCGCGGGAAUGCGCUCCAUCGCCAGCUUCUUCGCCCCAAAGGCGAAGGCGCCCCCAAAGGAGCAGCUGCCCGGCAUCGCCAACGGGGCGAUCGCGCCCGACCCGUCCGAGAGCCCGUCCGUUAGCCCGCCCUCCGCCGACGCGCACGGCGCGACGCGCGCCGCCAAGUCCGCCAAGACGUCCGCGUGCGCCGCGCCCGGCUCGGCGACCCCGGGCGGCGGGGACGGGAAAACUCCGCCGACCGCGCCCUCCACCGCCGUCUCCAACGACGAGCAGCACGCGCGGAUCGAUCCGUCCCCGCCGGAGGCCGAGUCCCCUCCGGGCGACGCCCCCGCGACCGCGACGACCGCGAACGCCGCCGGCGCGGGCGACGUCGGGCGAAGGAUCGCGGUGCUCUGGAAAUCCGAGCGCAGGUACUUCGCCGGGAACGUCGCCGCGUACGACGCCGUGAACGGGAAGCAUCACGUUCGUUACGACGACGGGGACGACGAGUGGAUCGCGACGUCGCGGCACGACGUCAAGUGGGACGACGACGCCGAGGCGGAGGCCAAAAAGAAGCCCCCCCCCGUGGACGACGACGACGAUGACGACGACGACGACGACGACGACGGGUCCGAGUCCGAGUCCGAGGAGGCGCCCCCCGCGAAGAGGGGACGCGUCACCGCGAGACGCGCGGCUGCGGCAAAGGCGCUGCGUCGGGUCGGCUCGAAGAAGUCCGGCGGCGGCGGCGGCGGCGGCGGUCGACCCGCGCGUCGAGCGGCGGGCGCCAAGAGGAAGGUCGUCCUCAGCGACAGCGACGACGACUUCGACGCGGGCGGAGACGAGGACGCGUCCGAGGGUGGCGACGAGAGCGAGAGCGAGUUUGAGGUUGAAUCCGAGGAAUCGGAGGAGGAGGAGGACGACGACGAGGCUUCGGAGGAGGAGAGCGAGGAGGAGGAGAGUCCCGGGCCGAAAGGAAAGCGCGGCGGGGCCAAGUCGAAACCCGCGCAGCCGGCGAAGAAGACCGUUACGACCGUUACGCCGCCCAAGAAGGCGACGCCCAAGAAGGCGAAGAAUCCGCCGUCGUCGUCGGGCGGGAAGUCGCUCGCCGCCGCGCUGUCGGAACCGGUUUUGGCGCCCACCGGUUCGCCCGAGCUCAACCCGGCGCACUACGAGGCGCGGGAGCGGCUCAUGUUCCCGUGGCUGCAACCCGAUAAGAGACGGGACGCGUCCGGGCGCAGACCGUCCGAUCCCGAGUACGACCCGACCACCCUGCAGCUCCCCGGCGCCUUCCCGAAGUGCAAAGACGCGACGGGCAAGCCGUUCACGGUGUCCCCCGGCCAGGCGCAGUGGUGGCGGUUCAAGGCUGCGCACUUCGACAGCGUCAUCAUGUUCAAGAUGGGCAAGUUCUACGAGCUCUUCGAGAUGGACGCGCACGUCGGCGCCGCCGACCUCGGCUUGCAGUACAUGAAGGGCGAACAGCCGCACUGCGGAUUCCCGGAGAAGAACUACGCCGCCAACGCCGAGCGCCUCGCCCGCGCGGGACACAGGGUCGUGGUGGUGGAGCAGACGGAGACCCCCGCGCAGCUCGCAGCGCGCAAGGCGGCAGACAAGUCGGUGAAAGACAACGUCGUCAUGCGGGAGAAGGUGGCGGUGCUGACGCGGGGCACGCUGGUGGACGCCGGCAUGACGGACGCGUCGCCCGACGCGACGUAUUGCGUCGCCAUCCUCGAGGUGGAGGACAAACCCGUGGAGAACCGCGCACCUAAAACCGACGGCGCCGACGAUGGGGAUGACGAUGGGGACGACGACGAACCCGCGCGCUGGAUGGGCGUGUGCGCCGCCGACUGCGCCACCGGCAGGUUCCUCCUCGGCGCGUGGCGAGAGGACGCCUUCGCCGGCGGCCUUCGCGGCGCGCUCGCCGCGCUCAAGCCGGUGGAGAUCGUGUGCGCGCCCGGGGGUGCGACCCCGCGGGUGAUGCCCGCGCUCAGGGACGCGACGCCGGACGCGUCGAUUCGAUCGCUGAGCGCCGCGUCCGCGAGUUCGCUUCACCCGGAUGACGUCGUCGAGCGGCUGACGGGCGCGGACGGAUACUUUCAAAGUGGCGCGCUUCCCGAGGCGCUCGCGACGUUUGGGGCGUCGACCACGCGCGGCGAACGCGCCGCGGCGCUCGGCGCCUUCGGCGUGAUGACCGGAUACCUCGCGGACGCCAUGAUCGACCGGGAUUUGAUCCCGUUGGGUCGCGUCGAGGCCAUCCCCGGCCCCGACGCGGCCGGUAUCGAAGCGGCCCGCGGCGGCUUCGUCGCACUCGACGCCGCCGCGCUCGUCGGCCUCGAGGUGCUGGAAGGGAGCGACGGCGGGUGCGUCGGGUCGCUGCUCAACGCGCUGGACCGAUGCGCCGGCGCGAUGGGCCGCCGGCUCCUCCGGCGUUGGGUCUGCCGGCCGCUACGAUCCGCCGCCGCCGUCGCGGCGAGGCAGGCGGCGGUGCGGGAGAUGCGAUCGGAAAAGGACGCCGUCGCCGAGGCGCGUCGCGCGCUUCGCGCGGCGCCGGACCUGGAACGCGCCGCGUCCCGGCUCGUGGGGCAAUCCGGCGGCCGGGGCAGGGACGCCGCGAACGUCGUGCUCUACGAGGACGCGGCGAGGGCGAGGCUUCACGGGUUUCUGAGAGCGCUGGAGGGCGUCCGCGGGGUCCUCCGCGCCGUCCGCGCCUUCGACGGCGUGCGCUCGCGCCUCAAGUCCCCGGCACUGCUCGCGAUCGUCACCGAGGGCGAUACAGACGACGCAGAUACGACGUGGGCGACGAACGACGCCGCGUGGGGGGCGUGCGCGGGGGCUUCGACGCCGGAGCUGUCGGAACGACUCGCGUUUUUUGAACGCGCCUUCGAUUGGGACAAGGCUCGCGAGUCCGGGAGGAUCGAGCCCAAGCCCGGCGCGGACGAGGCCGUGGACGCCGCCGACGACAGGGUGUGCGCGGCGGACGAGGCGCUGCGGGAGUGGCUCGUCGGGACGCGCAAAAAGCUCGGCGGGUCCAAGCAGGACGUGAACCUCGUGAGCGCAAACAAGGACACGCACCUGUGCGAGGUGAGCGACGCGCUCGCGGGUAAGGUGCCCGCGGACUGGUCCAGGGAGGGUAAACGCAAGGGAUUCGAGAAGUUCGACUGCCCCGAGCUCAAGGCGCUCAGAGCGGAGCGCGAGGCGGCGGGCGAGGCGAGGGAACUCGCGCUGGAGAACGUCCUUCGCGCGCUGGUGGCAAAGUUUUGCGAUGAUUGGCCGAGGUGGCGCCGCGCGUCUGAGGCUGCCGCCGCGCUCGACGCGCUGUCGUCGCUCGCGGAGCACGCGGACGAGAUCGCGGGUUCUUUCCCGGAGUCGUGCACCCCCUCGGUGAUCGCCCCGGAGCCGUCAGGGACGCCGUCGCUGGACGCGGUUCGACUCCGGCACCCGUGCGCCCCGGCGCUCGCGGCUGGAGAAUCGUUCGUGCCCAACGACACCAAGCUCGGCGGCGGCGGCGACGCGCCGUUCCUGCUCCUGACGGGCCCCAACAUGGGGGGUAAAUCGACGCUGAUUCGGCAGGUGUGCCUCGCCGCGAUCAUGGCGCACGUCGGAGCGGACGUCCCGGCGGCUUCGUUCUCGAUGACCGCCGCGGAUGCGAUUUUCGUUCGCAUGGGCGCCAAGGAUAACAUCAUCGCGGGCCAGUCCACGUUCAUGACCGAGCUGGCCGAGACGUCGGCGAUGCUGAGGCGCGCCACGUCGCACUCGCUCGUGGCGAUGGACGAGUUGGGGCGCGGCACCUCGACCAGCGAUGGCGCGGCGAUCGCGUCGGCGGUGUCCGAUCAUCUCGUGGACCUCGGCGCCAGGACGAUGUUUUCCACGCACUACCACCGACUGGCGGACGAUAGGGCGAACGACGCGCGCGUGCGUCUGGGUCACAUGGGUUGCGACGUGCGGGGCGAGACCGGCGCGGAGGAGGUCACCUUCCUGUACAAGCUCACGCAGGGAUCGUGCCCGAGGAGUUACGGCGUCAACGUCGCGAGGCUGGCAGGUUUGCCCGAGGACGUCGUUCAAGCCGCGGCGAAGGCUUCGAAAGAGAUGGAAGAGGCGAUGAACGCUCGUGCGGUGAUGCGGGCCGUGCAGGCGGUACGCGACGCGAUGGACGAGUUCGAACGAACCGAAGACGUGUCGGUGCUCAUAGCGGCGCAGGAGAGGGCGAGGCGGGUUCUGGCACACGUGAAGGACCCCGUCGAGGAGGAGGCCAAGGAAUGA